GAUAUCGAUAUCUAAUGAGCUCUCUACACCGGUACAAGACGAAGAACACCAAAAAUGUCUCCGGUUGCACGAUAUUUUUACAGCUUGUAUAUUUGACGCACGUAGACUGGACUGCUACUCACGUGGACCGAACUGUGGCUCCAAUUGACUUUUGGACCACAAAACACUGCAAGUCAGUGUACAAGUGGAUUCGAGACCACGGUGGUCACACAAGUGGAAAGGUACAUUUAGUACUUCAAUUUUCUAAUGCGUUAGAAUUUUAUUUGAGAGAUAUGCUAACUAGUUUUUUUGGUGUACUAAGCAGGUGAAGUUGACUAACACGUAUGUGUUACUGCCAAGUUUUGAAUCCGCUGCAGUUGGGCAACCCACAAAUGACGCAAUAUACAAAGCGGUGUGUGAGUUGAAAGAUGAGGUCUUCCGGCUUGAUUUGAAGGUGAGCAGCGCAAAAGAGCUGUUACUGAAGGUACUCUCCACUUACCUUUGGAAGGGGACUAUGAAAGAAGUGUUGGAGAUACCUGAGACGAGCAAAGUUCAGCGCUCGCUUUCGUUCAACGGGGAGACCGAGAAGAAGGAUGACGUGGGUGUUGAGGAAAAGGAUGGUGAAGGGUCGAAGGAUCAAUUGGAAGAGGAUGUUGAUCAUGUAGAGAGUGUCCCUUCACUUAAUCUAUCAGAAGAGAAGGUCGUUGUUCCAACUAAGGUGGUUGUUUCUGAUGAUUCGUUUGAGGUUAUGAACUUUUGGGGAGAAGAUCUCCCCGCUAUUGUAAAAGAGGAAGUUGAGCAGACAGUGAAGGAUGAUUUUGAUGAUGCUGCGUUCGAAAGAUUCAAAGAAUCUGGAGGGAAGGUGAUUGGUCCGUUCACUGUGAAGAAGGGUUACUCAAAUCAACAGUACGAGUUGUUCCGUUACAUUUUCUCUAGCGCCAAUGAUCUGAGGUAA